GCCGAUGCCCGACCUUCUGCCUACGUAAAGACGCUAAACAAAGAACCAAAAGUAGCGUAAGCGCCAAACCCAUCCUUGUCCGUCCAUCCAGCGGCUCUACAUCAACUUCAGCCACCACUUUUGAUCUCCGCCGUCCAAACUCCCCCACAUUACUUCGCUGCAUUUGUUUAUGAGCCUUGUCCCUUAGUUCAGGCGUUUGCUUUGUUGGUUGAAUUCUAAGUUGCAAAUUCAUUUUAAUUACCCCCUCCCUCUUUCUCUCUCUCUCUCUCCCUCUCUCUUUCUUUCUCUUUCUUUGGCUUUUGAUCUUAAAUUUUUCUCUUCUAUUAUCGUCAAAGCAAAAAUUAAUCCAGCUUCAUACAUUUCCUUGGCAAAAUCCCACUGCUUUGCUUCGAUUAUCAAUGAUAGGGGACAAUGGCGGUGCCGCCAUGGCUAGAGUCAUUGCUAAGUACAGCCUUUUUCACAGUUUGCACAACACAUGGAGAUGCAGCUAGGGGUGAAUGUAACAUGUAUUGUUUAGACUGUAAAGGGGAUGCGUUUUGCUUUUAUUGCCGCUCUUCUAAACACAAAGAUCAUCAAGUUAUUCAGAUAAGGAGAUCUUCAUAUCAUGAUGUAGUGAGGGUCACAGAGAUUCAAAAGGUAUUGGAUAUAAGUGGGGUUCAAACAUAUGUGAUAAACAGUGCCAGGGUUCUAUUUCUGAAUGAGAGGCCUCAACCAAAAUCUGGAAAAGGUGUAGCUCAUAUCUGCGAAAUCUGUGGAAGAAGCCUCUUGGACCCAUUUCGCUUUUGUUCCUUGGGAUGUAAGCUUGUAGGAAUAAAGAGAAAUGGGAAUGCAAGUUUUAGCUUAGAGGCUAAGAAUGAGGUGGUGGUAAUGGAUAGAACUAGAAGAGAAGGCAUAUCAAAGGAAGAAGAAGAAUUGCGUGAAGGCUCACAACAAGACAUUUACCCGCCCACGCCUCCCCCACCUCCUUCAAGUGCAAGGAGAAGGAAAGGAAUCCCUCACCGUGCACCUUUUGGCUCCUAAAAAUUCCACUAAAAAAAACCAAGUACCCAUUUCUUUAUUUAUUACCAAAAAAGAAAAAAGAUUACAAUUGUUUGGGGGUCUUUGAAUUUGUCCAAUUGUCCUAACUCCUUUAUGCAGGGUAUCAUAAUUUGGUUAGGGGGAGUCCUAAAAAACAAAAAAAAAAAAGGUGGGGUGGGGGGAGGGGGAAGUAAAGUAAGUUUUGGCUUUUGGAAUUGGGUCCCUUUUAACAACAAAUUCCUCUCUCUGUGUAUGUUGUGAAGAAAGGUCAAUAAUGCAAGAAUUGAGAAAUGUUAAUUAUUGCAUAGUUGUAAGGUGUACAUUGUAAUCAAGAAAUUAUAAAAAAGAAAAGCAAAGUCAUUGGGUGGAGUUUGUUUUAUAGUUUUCAUGGGUCCAUCAAUCACAUGGGCGGUUUACAUAAAGAAACAAAGCUCCCUUCUAUUUGUUUAAUUCAUAGGACUAAUUAAAUAAACCCAUUUUUCUUUUUGUGAUGAA